UCAGACUUCAAUUAGACGCCGGCGAGGAGGGACGCCGUUACAAUGGCUACGUUCGACGAUGCGGAAUUAUAUAGGCAUCCUCAGUAUGUGGAAGGUCUUGUUCACUGGCAUGAACGCUUCCGUGAACCCAUUUCCCCUGCACUCAAGGAGGAGGUCUACGCGAACUUCAAGUUUUCCUGGUUCUGGAAGGAUCACCAAAACAAGAAACGAAUUCAGCAGAUCCUCGAUGAGAGAUACAACUUUGUCCCCGAGCGCCCGUAUGUGGCGAGCAGGGCCUUCUACCAGAAUGUGACUCGGGUCCGCGUCACUUGCAUUUACUGCACCUGCGAUCUGCUCACUUAUGAUAUUUUGCAGGCCCAUAAUGCUGGCAGGAAACAUAAGAAACACUUUGAAGGAGUGGAAAUAAAUGGUCUUGGACAAUCAGGUUCUCACAGAACCAACGAACUCCAGCAGAUGGCCAAUGCAUCAGGCGCAAUAAAUCGUGACCUAUCGGCUUCAGGUCAUAAAUCCCCUGUAAAUGAACUUAAGCCUCUUAUGGCUUUGGAGCUAUCUACAGUCAACCAUAGGCAGACAGUAGGACAGCAUAAUCAUUCUGAUGCCAGUGUUCCCCAAACACCUGCCGUCGCCAGAAGGAAAACACAUGCCCCAACAACGGUUUGGCGAUCAGCCAAAAAACGGAAAUCAUCUCGCAUGUAGAAGUAAAGAUAUCGAUGAGAGUGAGCUUUUACUUGGGAAGCGUUUAGCUAAAUUUGUACGAACUCAAAACGUGAUGUGUUCAGAUGAGAGUUUAGAGAAGAGAAAAAAAGAAGGGGAUAUGGUGAAUGGAAUGAGGAAAGGGAAACAAGAAAAAAAUGCAUUCUUAAAAGAGUAAAGAAAAAAUAAAAGUAAAAAGAAAUUUUGGGUAAUUUCAACAGUAUGCUAAUAUCGGUUUUAUCCCCAUGAUUAAGUUAUCUUUAGCUAAAAAACUUAUUAGCGUGGAUUACUCGUACUUAGAGAUGGUUGGAGAUAUGAACAAAGUGAACACUAAAGGAGAGGAAACAACAAAAGCCUGAAUAUCAAAUUAUUGCAUUUCGGUUAACCCUUGUCAGCUGUCAUACAAUUUAUUUUAUUCUAAUUUGCUGGAAAGCUUAUUAAUUUUUGUUCUUAAUUAUAAGGCUUUGAAAUUAAUUACUUACAAACAUUAUCAUAUACAGCUUAAACUUGCAUUUAUUUUACGUUAGUGCAAGAUGAUGUGUAGUUGCACCAUAAGAAACUAUAAUUUGGAUGUGAUUUAGUGUUUUGAUAUUCACUUAGGUUGAAACUAAAACCAGUAUACUUUGCCAUUAUUACCAACACUAAUUUUCAUGUACAUAGAGGAUUUUUAGAAGAAAGAUUUAUUUUCAGAACAUGAUUUGCAUCAAGGCAAAGAGAAAUAAUAUGGAGAUUAUUUUCUUUUAAUAAUUAUAAUUUGAAUUUAAGUUGAAGAAUAACUUUGAAUUUGUUUUUCUAUGCUUUGGAUAUUAUGUUAUAUUCUGUUGGAAAAUAAAAUCAGUUUUAAGUUA